CAAAAACAAGGACUCUGAGGUUACUGGUCUCCCAUCUCUUGUGCCAUGGGUUGUUUAGUUGAACUGGGGUGGUUUAUUCUCCUGAUAGCAGUUUUAAAUACAGAGGCUCAAAACAAGCCCCCUAUAAAUAUCCAGUCAAAAUGCCUGGGGAACGUCAUGCGUGUGGAUGUUGGUCCACUUGGAAGUAGUCUUCUUGAAGUCGCUGCUGUUUUAAAUUACUCUGCCAUCCUUCUUACACCAAGCUUGGCUUCUCAGUGUGGCUUCAAUGUGAAGACAGACCAGUUCGGGAAUGCCAUGAUUUAUGCCUCCCUUCAAAACUGUUUUGCUCAAAAUGUGGAUGAUAAAGCAUUUACAACAACACUCAAUCUUCGACUGUAUGGGAACCGGAUGGUUGGAGACGAGCAGUACCAGGUGUCUGAAACCUGCCAGUACACUCCCUGGGCCUCAAGGGAAAUUGUCUGUGACCACAACUUCAUGGAGGUGUCUGUGAAAAGGGCAGCUCAGCAUGAUUAUGCGCUGCCUGAACAUCCCAUCCCAGGAGAUAAUUCAAACUUUGGUGAUCCUCGACGAGCUGCUGAGCCCAUAAAUGCAGAAUUCAUGAAGACAACGCUCGUCUUCUUUCCUGAGGAGAAGAUUAUGAAGGUGGCCAAAGCCCAGAGAAGUGGUUAUUGGAUAGCAAGCACUGCUUCAAGGCUGGUUCUGAGAAGUCCAAAGACUUCACCUGAGACGUACCCCCAGAAUGUAGCAGGAAUAGCCAUGACUGUGCUCAGAACCUCGGUAAUAUUUGAAAAGAAGUGGCUGGCAACUGAAAUCCAUGCAGCAGUGGCCUGCCCAACACUGGAGGGUAGCCUUUUCUUCACUGAAAACACAAUCCAGUGGUUCCUGCCCAGGCACAUCGACCCUCUGGUUUCCUCUGACCAGUUCAAACUGUUGGAGGUGCACAUGGGAGUCGAUGGCCAGAGGCUCGACGCUGCUGAAAUGGCUGCCAGACAAUACACUCUGUUGGUUGAUGACAUUUACAUUGUCGUUGAAAUUCCUGUUGGUGCUGUCGGUGGCUACUUUAAGAGCUACAUACAGAAUGAUCAGUACCUCACUACUUACACGAUUGAGCCGAUGCUCGAGUUGCGGUGGACUGAAGAAUACAGUCAUGAGGACACGAGAUACAAAGUCCUCUUUCCCAUCACGACACCGUUACAGUUUCGACCUCUGCAAGUUUUUGAUGACACUGUUCUCAAGGAGCGGAUAUUUAAAGUGCUGCUCGGGCCCUUCGGUUCUGAUGUGGCACUAAUCAACUUCACCUUCCCCUCUGAGGUUUUGUCUGUGGCGGACUGCAUUGCCAGAGGCUUUAACGUCCUGGAGCACAUGCCCCCUAACAGCAGUUCCAAGGUCUUCACACUUGAAGUGCCUUUCACGGACCGCGUUGUACUACAAAUGAAAGAAAUGGGGAUGACGGUGUACUCUCUUCACGUGACCUUCGGUUUGCUGGUCCUGCCAGAGUUUGCUCCAUUUUCUCUCACUGCUUCUCUGGAAGCUAAGCUGGUAGACAUGCUUCCUCCCUCUGUUUCUGGUAGCUGCGACCAUCAAAACUUCUAUAUUCUUGUGAAAUACGGGAGUCACAACUUGAACUUUCAGACCAUAGUGGGAAAACGACUGUUGAACGCAGAUCUGGCUCAGGAAUGCAGCGUAAUGGAUAAUGGAACCCACAUUAGUGUUGUAGUGCCGUUUUCAUCCCCCAAUGUCGCAUUUGAGGCUAUUGAGUCGUCGUCCAUCAGGAGCAGACUUGAUGUGGUUUUGAGGAAUCCGGAAACUAACUCAAAUAUCAAAGAAUUCUCCCUGGCUUGCAAUUUCUACUCAACGCUGAUUGAGUGUUUUCCUAAUGGCACCAUGACAGCCCUGGCUGUGAAACUGGAGUCAGUCCCCAGUCUGAACCCCAGUCAGCUGACCCUCAGAGACCCCACCUGUGUUCCCGCCUACAGCGACGACCACUAUGCUUAUUUUGUCUUCACUGGGAGCUCUUGUGGGACAACUAGAAAGUUUCUGCCCAAUAUGAUGCUGUAUGAAAAUGAAAUCUCUCUGCCAGAUGAACUUGGAAUGAGUAUGCAAUCCACAUCGGACAAGCCAGUGUAUGAGUUAAAGGUUUUUUGUUACUAUGACAUAAACAAAACCCAUGCAGUGGCGUUCCACACCAGACCUCGCAGGAGUGAACCAUACGCUGAAAAUGCAAAAGGCGAGCUGCAAAUUGCAAUGAGACUCUCUUUGGAUGACUCCUACACAGUGUUUCACAGCGUUGAGGAUUAUCCCAUAGCAAAGUACCUACAACAGCCGGUGUAUUUUGAGGUGGAACUGAUGAGGUCUACAAACCCCCAAGUAUCCCUGGAGCUGGAGAACUGCUGGGCAACGCACUACGGCGACAGGACAUCCCAACCAAGAUGGAACCUCAUCAUUAAUGGCUGUGUAAACCCAGUGGACCCACACCAGGUGAUCUUCCAUCCUGUUUGGGCUGAUGCCAGAGUUCAGUAUCCGUCUCACUUCAAGCGCUUCGAGGUCCCGAUGUUUGCAUUCGCUGAAGACGAAGAUAAUUUGAGUCGGGAGCUCUUUGUCCACUGUGAUGUGGUGAUCUGUGAUGCCAGAAAUCCACUGGGUAGAGCUUGUAAUAGACAGUGUUCAAACCUGGACAACAAGAUAAAAGGUCAAAGACGUGCUGUUUCAGAUGGUCACAAUUUCAAACAUGUGUCAUCAGGACCAAUUCUCAUAAAUUAAUGGAAAAGUUCGUUUUUUUUUUUAAACUUCAGCUUUGAGUUGUUUUCUUGGCAAUGUGCUGGAAAUGGCAAUAUGUAGACUUGACUCAAAUAAUGGUGACUUACAAGUUGUUUUAAACUGAAAUGUUUUCUAUGGUUCAAAUGACUUCAGCUGAGACCUCUAACCUUUAAAAACUCGUUGUUACAUUAAGUGUUAACUG